AUGGCCAUUGCAUGCGCGGCGCUGGCCAUUCUGGGAUAUCUCGUCAUUCCGACUUCUCCGCAGCCCAAGAUUGACGAUGCCCUUGGUUUCUGGCAACGAUUGGACCUGCUUGGGGCCUCCACCGGUGUGACCGGACUGAUCCUGAUCAAUUUCACCUGGAACCAAGCUGCACUGUUUAUGGAGGUGAUCAAGGGAGACUCUCUCCUUCUCGCCACAGCCAAGUAG